AUGGUUCGUAGGAAAGAUUAUGAUGAAGCAGCUCUCCGCGCUCAGGAAGAAUCCACAGGCGUUAGCUUUACACAUAGUCUGAGAGCAGUGAAUGGAAUUGUAACAAAGCCUGUAUCAAAACAAGAUAGGAGUGUGACGGUGAAAACUGUAGGGCUUUUGCCGGAUGUUAGAGAUAGGGAUACAUUGGUCAGUUUAGGAAAGAUGACUUAUAAUGCGUAUUUAGAAGUUGGAGGCGAGGGAUGGUACGACUUGGGAGAGAGAUACGAUUUGAACAAAUCUUACGGGUGGGAUUCUGAUGGCCUCAGAGGACACGUGUUUUUAGACAAUGACGAGGAAGUAUUAAUCAUAGCAAUCAAAGGCACGAGUAUGGGUUUCCUCGGAGGCGGAGGUCCGACCGUGCCUAGAGACAAGCAAAACGAUAACCGUCUCUUCUCAUGUUGCUGCGCAAGAGUCGGACCAUCGUGGCGUACUGUGUGCGACUGCUUUAUCGAGGAUGGUUCCUGCAAUCAGACAUGUCUAGAAGAUAGCGUCGAUGAAGAAAGGUUAUAUAUUGACGAGGCUGCAAUUUUAUUUGAAGAGCUCUCGGCGCUAUACCCUGGAGUCCAUGUAUGGCUUACUGGCCAUUCUCUCGGCGGUUCAUUGGCAGGACUAGUCGGGUUGACGUACUAUUAUCCGGUUGUCGCGUUCGAGGCACCACCAGAAAGGCUUGCCGCGUCUCGUCUCCAUCUUCCAAAACCGCCUGCUUAUCCAUACGAGGAGAUGAAUAUCUGGCAUGUGGGACAUUCGGCCGAUUCCCUAUAUCAAGGAGCAUGUAAUGGUGUGGGAAGUAGCUGUUGGAUAGCCGGAUAUGCGAUGGAAACUCAUUGUCACUCGGGAAUGUCAAUCAUAUACGACACAGUUGCAAAAUACUCUUGGUCAGUAGGCGUACGAUAUCAUCGCAUAAAGGACGUUAUUGAACGAGUACUUGAAGCAUGGGAUGAGCCCGUCCCCGAGCCUGCUGUCGAAGAAGACUGCGUGGAUUGCGGUUGGUGGGACUUUUUGGACGAUAACGAGGAACCAGGAAGUAAAUCAAUGUGCAAGCGUAAAUAA